UGCCCGAUUGUUACUGGUGCGUUUUCAGUACUUAAGCCGGCUGAUCAUGGUUUUUGGAUGCCCUUCAUCUGCAUUUGUGGUCUGUACGGCAAUUACCUGUCUGUAGUCAAUCUUUUGAGUAUCCCACCUAUUUGCAUUGUGUACACUUCCUGGUUUGAAUACUAUUUGGCCCAAGUACACAGCAAACCUGUUAGGACUAACUAGAAGUUUUUUUACGUUUUCAAAGCUGCUCUCCAAGUAUCCGUUUGCAGUUUCAGAAUAGUCGCCUUUAGGUUUGAUUUUUGUUUCCACCUUAGAUAAAAAGGAAGGCUGAAACUUUGUGUAUGAGUUGGCACACAACAGGAACGGGUCGCCAGGAAGAGCGCGGCGUUUAGAGAGGUGGCGGUCCCACACGCCGAUAUGUAAAAGUAAACCAUCGGUGAAUUUCUCGAAGAUCUUCAUUUUUUACUCCGUUCUCCCGCACCAUACUUUGUUCCUUGAAGAAAACAAUGAUGUCUGAUUCUGUGUCUAGCUUUUUGCACAUAGGGGAUAUUGUGUCCCUAUAUGCCGAGGGAUCUGUCAAUGGCUUUAUAAGUACGCUUGGGUUGGUGGACGACCGCUGUGUGGUGGAACCUGCUGCUGGAGACCUGGAAAACCCUCCAAAGAAGUUCAGAGAUUGCCUCUUUAAGGUCUUCCCCAUGAACCGGUACUCUGCUCAGAAGCAGUUCUGGAAAGCCAAGCAGGCAAAACACGAGAAAGAUAAAAUCGCUGAUGUCGUGCUGCUCCAGAAACUACAGCAUGCGGCAAACCUGGAACAGAAGCAGAACGAGACAGAGAACAAGAAGGUGCAUGGGGAUGUGGUGAAGUACGGCAGCGUCAUCCAGCUCUUGCACAUGAAGAGCAACAAGUACCUCACUGUGAACAAGCGGCUUCCAGCCCUGCUGGAGAAGAAUGCUAUGCGGGUUACACUAGACAGCACCGGUAAUGAGGGCUCCUGGCUCUUCAUACAACCCUUCUGGAAGUUGCGGGCCAAUGGGGACAAUGUGGUGGUCGGAGACAAGGUCGUUCUAAACCCAGUGAAUGCAGGACAGCCACUCCAUGCCAGCAACUACGAGCUGCCUGACCAUGUGGGCUGCAGGGAGGUCAACUCUGUGAACAGCAACACUAGCUGGAAGAUCAACUUGUUUAUGAUGUUCAGUGAUCAUAAGGAUGACGUCCUAAAAGGGGGCGACGUGGUGCGACUGUUUCACGCAGAGCAGGAGAAGUUUCUGACAUGCGAUGAGUACAAGUCCAAGCUGCACGUCUUUCUUCGGACAACACUGCGGCAAUCUGCAACCUCUGCUACCAGCUCCAAUGCAUUGUGGGAAGUGGAGGUCGUGCACCAUGACCCAUGUCGAGGGGGGGCUGGUCACUGGAAUAGCUUGUACCGCUUCAAGCAUCUGGCCACAGGAAGCUACUUGGCUGCUGAGGAAAAUCCAGGUUAUAAAGGAGACAACACUGAGGGCCAGACUGUUAUGGACACUGGGCGCAGCAGCAAGAGGAACCUUGGGGAGAAGGUGAAGUACAAGCUAGUGGCAGUGUCCCAUGGGAAUGACAUUGCAUCACUCUUUGAGCUGGACCCUACUACCCUACAGAAAACGGACUCCUUCGUCCCCAGGAACUCAUAUGUGCGUCUGCGUCACCUCUGCACCAACACCUGGAUACAGAGCACCAACGUACCCAUCGACUACACAGAAGAAAGACCUAUCCGACUCAUGGUGGGUACCUGCCCCACAAAAGAGGACAAAGAGGCAUUUGCCAUCGUCUCUGUACCGGUGAUGGAGAUCCGUGACCUGGACUUCGCAAAUGAUGCUAGCAUAAUGUUGAGCAAAAUGGUGGAUCAGUUCAGCAGUGGUUUCAUCAGUCAGAAUGACAGAAGGUUUGCCAUCAAACUGCUAGAGGACCUGGUGUUUUUUGUGGUGGACAUGACCAACACUGGUCAGCCCGUGCUGGAUGUGACCAUGACCAAGCCCAACCGCGAAAGGCAAAAGCUCAUGCGUGAGCAGAAUAUCCUUAAACAGGUGUUUGGCCUUCUGAAAGCCCCAUUCAAAGGCAUACUACGCCUAGAGGAGCUAUCAGACCAGAAGAACGCCCCUUACCAGUACAUGCUCCGCCUCUGCUACCGGGUGUUGCGCCACUCGCAAGAGGACUAUCGCAAGAACCAGGAGCACAUAGCCAAACAGUUUGGGGUGAUGCAGGGUCAGAUUGGCUAUGACAUACUGGCUGAGGACACCAUCACAGCACUGCUGCACAACAAUCGCAAACUGCUUGAGAAGCACAUCACCAAGACAGAAGUGGAGACGUUUGUCAACCUGGUGCGGCGUAAUCGGGAGCCCAGGUUCCUGGAUUAUCUGUCAGACCUGUGUGUCUCCAACAAUGUGGCCAUACCUGUGACUCAGGAGCUCAUCUGUAAGUGUGUUUUGGAUCCGAAGAACUCAGACAUCCUUAUCAAGACUGAACGACGUCCUGCCAAGGAGGGGCCCCAUUCCUCAAGGUACUCAAGCGAAGAGGAUUUUGGAGAUCUGGACGAGGUGUGGCUGCUCUGGAUGGACAAAGCCAACGAAAAGCAGGAGAACAGCAUCCACCAACUGGCACAGGGAGCUGGACAGGGCAAUGCUCAUGAUGAGAAUGUGCUGACUUACUACAGGUACCAACUGAAGCUCUUUGCCCAGAUGUGCCUAGACCGGCAAUAUUUGGCCAUUGACGAGAUUUCUAAGCAGCUGGAUGUGGAGCUGAUCUUUCUGUGCAUGAUGGAUGAGCGUUUGCCCUAUGAUCUGCGUGCCUCCUUCUGCCGGCUCAUGCUACAUGCACACGUUGACCGUGACCCACAAGAGCUGGUGACUCCUGUCAAGUUUGCUCGCCUCUGGACUGAAAUUCCUACCUCAAUCACCAUAAAAGACUAUGACUCCAACAUGGAUGACACUCGUGACAACAAGAAAAACAAAUUUGCCAACACCAUCUCUUUUAUGGAGGAGUACCUCAACCAAGUACUCAACGAUGACCUCCCCUUCGCCAUCAAAGAGAAAAACAAGCUCACCUAUGAGGUGGUGAGUCUGGCCAGACACCUUAUUUAUUUUGGGUUCUACAGCUUCUUUGAGCUACUGAGACUGACCCGCACGCUGCUUGGUAUCAUCGACUGCACCCCCAGCCAGAUGCUGAUGAAUCCCAUGUUCAACGAUGAUGGCAGUGGGAAGAAUAUGAAGCGCUCCAUCCACCACAUGGGGCAGAUGAUGACCACAAUGGUGCUGAGUCGUAAGCAGUCACUGUUCAGUGGCGGAAGUAGGUCCAGCCUGGGGGCAGAGGCGCUGGGCCGCACCAAGGACAGCAUCGACCAGCAGGAUGUCACCGUCAUGGACACUAAACUGAAGAUCCUGGAGAUCCUGCAGUUCAUCCUCAAUGUCAGGCUGGACUACCGGCUGUCCUUCCUGCUCUCCGUCUUCAAGAAGGAGUUUGUGGAGGUGUUCCCCAUGGAGGAUGCAGAUGCCACCACAGCCAUGGAACUAUCAGCAACUAUAAACCUGCAGCGUAUAGGGGAGCAGGCAGAAGCUAUGUUUGGAGUUGGGAAAGAGAACAGCAUCCUGGAGGUGGACGAUGAGGGCGGACGCAUGUUCCUGCGAGUGCUUGUCCACCUCAUCAUGCAUGACUAUCCACCACUAAUCUCUGGUGCCCUGCAGCUCCUCUUCAAACACUUCAGCCAGAGGCAGGAGGUCCUGCACACAUUCAAACAGGUUCAGCUGCUAAUUUCCAGUCAAGAUGUGGAGAACUUCAAGCUCAUAAAACGUGACCUGGACCGCCUGCGCACCAUUGUGGAAAAGUCCGAGCUCUGGGUGGAGAAGAAGGGCAGUUCCGGUGGGGGAGACAGCAAAAAGGACAGCGAAAAGAGCAAGGACAAGGACAAGGAACCAGUCAAAUCAGGUCCUGAGGAUGCUGCUACCAAGAAAGAGAAGAUGGAGAAGAACAGCGAGAACUACCAAGCUGUCAAGGAGAUCUUGGAGGGAUUGAAUAAGAUGUGUAGCUCUGGUGUGUGGAAGAAGCAACAACGUCUACUAAAGAACAUGGGGGCCCACAAAGUAAUGCUGGACCUUCUGCAGGUGUCCUAUGACAAGAAUGACACUAAGAUGCAGGAGAUCAUAAAGUACACCCACCAGUUCUUGCAGAAGUUUUGUAUGGGGAAUGCAGAGAACCAGGCUCUCCUGCACAAGCACUUGAAUCUUUUCCUUAAUCCUGGGUUGUUGGAGGCAGAAACUGUUCAGCAGAUCUUCAGCAACAACUACCAGCUGUGCACGGAAAUCAGUGAGCCAGUCCUGCAGCACUUCAUUCACUGUCUAGCCACACGGGGGCGCCAUGUGCAGUACAUCAACUUCCUGCACACCAUCAUCAAGGCUGAGGGGAAAUAUGUCAAGAAGUGUCAGGACAUGAUCAUGACCGAGCUGAGCAAUGCUGGUGAGGACGUGCUGGUUUUCUACAACGACAAGACGUCCUUUGCCACCAUGCUGGAACUGAUGGCGUUAUCACGAGAGGGCAUAAAGGAAGGCAGCCCACUGCGCUACCACAUUGCCCUGGUGGACCUGCUGGCUGCCUGUGCUGAGGGCAAGAAUGUGUACACUGAGAUCAAGUGCACGUCACUGCUCCCCCUAGAGGACAUUGUCAAUGUGGUCACCCACGAGGACUGCAUCACAGAGGUGAAGAUUGCCUAUGUGAACUUUGUGAACCACUGCUAUGUGGACACAGAAGUGGAAAUGAAGGAGAUUUACACCAGUAAUCACAUCUGGAACCUGUUUGAGAACUUCACAGUGGACAUGGCUAGAGUGUGCAGCAACCGAGAGAAGCGCUUCUCCGACCCGGUGCUAGAGAAGUACGUCAUCAAUGUGGUGCUGGACACCAUCAAUGCAUUCUUCAGCUCCCCGUUUUCUGAAAACAGCACUUCCCUGCAGACCCACCAUACCAUAGUGAUCCAGCUGUUGCAGUCCGCCACACGGCUUCUCGAUUGCCCCUGGCUGCAGGCACAGCACCGUGGCCUUGUGGAGUCCUGCAUCCGGACACUGGUCAUGACUGUCAAGUCUGCAGGGGUGACUGUGGAGCUGAGCGCCCAGGUGAAAAAUAUACUGAACAACCCCGGUACUCUGUCUCGCACUAAUCCCAACUACAAGAACCCCUCAAGGGCAAACCGUCCCCCCAUCCCCAGCAGCCCCUGGGACUACAAGAACAUAAUAGAAAAGCUGCAGGAUGUGAUAAACACCCUGGAGAAUCGCCUGAAGCCGUUGGUGGACGCCGAGCUUUCGGUACUGGUAGAUGUACUGCAGCAUCCUGAGCUGCUCUUCCUGGAAGGUACAGAGGCCCGUGCACGCUGUGAGACAGGGGGCUUCAUCUCUAAGCUCAUACUGCACACCAAGUCCCUCAUGUCCUCAGAGGAGAAGCUGUGCAUCAAGGUCCUGAGGACACUGCAAGAGAUGCUGAUUCACACGUACACCUUUGAUGACAAGGGUACAGCUCUGAGGAAGGUGCUGUUACAGAACUACCUCUUCAACAAAAAGGGCAACAGCAAAGGGGAAUUAGGGGAACUGGGAGGACUGGAGCUGGAGAGGGACUGGGCAGCGGUGGCGGCGGCCCAGUGCCAUUUGGACAGGGAGGGAGGCACGCGACUCUUCAUUGACCUCAUCAUGAGCACCAAGAACGAGAAUAUCUUCCAGGAGAGCAUUCAGCUAGCCAUCUGCCUGCUUGAGGGAGGCAACACGGAGAUCCAGAAUUCCUUCUACAAGCUGAUGAUGGGGGACAACAAGUCAGAGAAGUUUUUCAAGGUUCUCCAUGACCGAAUAAAAAAUGCCCAGCUGGAUAUCAAGGCCACUGUGUCUGUCAACGUGGGCGAGAUGACCAACAAAGCUAAAGACAGGGAGUUGGACCCUGCAGAGUCCCAGUCGCUAGAGCCUGCACAGGGUUCCAUGGACAUGCGGGAGGCGGAGAUGGAGAUGGGCCCAGCCAUCAGCAUUAUGAAACCCAUCCUGCGAUUCCUGCAACUGCUUUGUGAGAACCACAAUCUGGAUCUGCAGAACUUCCUACGCUGUCAGAACAACAAGACCAACUAUAAUCUGGUGUGUGAGACACUACAGUUUAUGGACAUCAUGUGUGGUAGCACUACUGGUGGCCUGGGCCUACUGGGCCUCUACAUUAAUGAAGGCAAUGUGGGCCUGAUCAUCCAGUCCCUGGAGACACUCACUGAGUACUGCCAAGGACCAUGCCAGGAGAACCAGACCUGCAUUGUAACCCAUGAGUCCAAUGGCAUUGACAUCAUCACAGCACUCAUCCUCAAUGACAUCAGCCCACUGUGUCGCGACCGUAUGGACAUGGUGCUACAGCUCAAGGACAAUGCUUCCAAGCUGCUACUGGCCUUGAUGGAAAGUCGACACGACAGUGAGAAUGCAGAGAGGAUUUUGUUUAAUCUUCGUCCUCAAGAACUGGUUGAUGUCAUAAAGAAGGCAUACUCAGAUGAGAGUGACUGUGAUGGUGAUGUGUCCGAUCGUGAGGUCGGACACAACAUCUACAUCCUGGCGCUUCAGCUGGCCCGGCAUAACAAGAUUCUUCAGAAUUUGCUUAAAUCCCUAAAGAGUUCAAAGGUAGAUGGGGAGGAGGGCAUUUCCUCAAUGCUCAACUUGAACAACCGUCCAUUGUCCAAGAUGUUGAAGUCAUCGGUCCCAGUGGAACAAGAAGAGGAGGACCCACUGAAGUACUAUGAGUUACACACUUCACAGAUUGAGAUUGUGAGGGAUGACCGCAGCAUGGAGCAGAUUAUAUUCACAGUCCACCCUAUCUGCCAGUUCCUUACUGAAGAAUCAAAGGUCCGUGUCUUCAACACCACCGAGCAGGAUGAGCAGGGCAGCAAGGUCACUGACUUCUUUCAACAGACGACCUUUCUGCAUAAUGAGAUGAAGUGGCAGAAGAAACUCCGCAGCAUGCCGGUUCUGUACUGGUUCUCUCGCCGGAUGACCUUGUGGGGGACAAUCUCCUUCAACUUGGCCGUCUUCAUCAACCUCAUUAUUGCCUUCUUCUACCCUUACCAUUCAGGACAAGGAGCUGUUGACUCCUCCUUGCUGUGCAUGCUGUUCUGGGGCUUCGCUGGCCUGUCUGUCAUGGGCCUUUUCUCCCAGCGCUAUGGCCUGAGGCCUCUCACCAUUGCCCUCAUUCUGCGUUCAAUCUACUACUUUGGCAUUGGUCCCACAUUAAUCCUACUAGGAACGCUUAAUCUUAUCAAUAAGAUCGUAUUCGUGGUCAGCUUUGUGGGCAACAACGGCACCUUCAUCAACGGGUACCGCGCCGUCCUGAUGGACAUGGAGUUCCUCUACCACCUGGCUUACGUGUUGACCAGUUUGCUGGGACUGUGUGUCCAUGAGCUCUUCUACAGUAUCCUGCUGUUUGACUUGAUCUACCGGGAAGAGACUCUCUUCAACGUCAUCAAGAGCGUCACGCGGAAUGGGCGCUCCAUCCUCCUCACCGCGCUGCUGGCCCUCAUCCUUGUCUACCUCUUUUCCAUCGUGGGCUUUCUCUGCCUCAGGGAUGACUUCAUCAUGGAGGUGGACCACCUGCCACUACUAGAUGCUCAACACCAGGACACGACUGACAAGACAUUUGGAUCAUGUCCCGGGGACCGAGUGAGCUGCUCCGCAGAAGAGAGGGUUCCUGUGGUUAUCGAGGAAGAGGAGGACAGUUCGGAGCGAGCCUGUGACACACUCCUGAUGUGCAUUGUGACCGUAAUGAACCACGGCCUGAGGAAUGGGGGAGGAGUGGGAGAUGUGCUGCGCAGACCGUCCAAAGAUGCACCGCUCUUCCCAGCACGGGUGGUCUAUGACCUGCUGUUUUACUUUAUCGUCAUCAUCAUUGUUCUCAACCUGAUCUUCGGGGUCAUCAUUGACACCUUUGCAGACCUGCGCAGCGAGAAGCAAAAGAAAGAGGAGAUUCUGAAGACCACCUGCUUUAUAUGCGGCUUGGAGAGGGAUAAAUUUGACAACAAGACAGUAUCCUUUGAAGAGCACAUCAAGAUGGAGCACAACAUCUGGAACUACUUGUACUUCAUAGUGCUGGUGAGGGAGAAGAACAAGACUGAUUAUACGGGACCAGAGAGCUAUGUGGCCAGAAUGAUCAAGAAUAAGAACCUGGACUGGUUCCCGCGUAUGCAGGCCAUGUCACUGGUGGUCACUGAGGGUGAAGGGGAGCAGAACGAAAUGAGAAAUCUGCAGGAUCGGCUGGCCUCCACCAUGAAACUUGUCUCCAAUCUCACAGGACAGUUGACUGAGCUGAAGGAACAGAUGACGGAGCAGAGGAAGCGCCGGCAGAGGAUGGGCCUGGUAGACGUGCAGAGUGGCAGCUGUGUUUCCACGACCCCCAGUGCUGCUGGCGGUGGGAGCAACCACCAGUUCGUCAAAGCCUAGGGCCCCAGCAAACCCACUAAUGACGGAGCAUGCAAAUGCAGCGCCAGGGUGAAGAAGUUAAAAGGCGUGUUCAGAAACUCUUUGGACGGUUCUAACAAUGAGAAGGCGAGGGGUGACUGGGAUUAACACUUAACAUCCCUUAGAAAAAGUUCAGCAACUCACAAUGAGUUGGUUUCACCCAUACAGGAUUUUAAGAAAUGCACCUACAAGCAAACCUGCUGUUUUCGAAAUGUACUUAGCAGUUGAUUUCCAGCUGCUCUAUCCACUGGCAGAUGUAUUCAAGCAAUGUGUCCUUUAUUAAAUUUAGAAAGGACACCCGUCAGUAUCUGUGCUCUAUGCACUGUGUGGUUCCGCUUUUCCACAGUGCACAGGCAGGUUAAAAGGACGUGUUGCCAUUUGCUGCAUCCCGCCAGUGCUGCCGAUCGCGAUGCACUCUGCGGCGGCAUGAAGGAAGAGGAGGCCGUAAUGCAGGACAGACACAGCAUGUGACUCUACGCGGCUCUCAUGUUAUCCAGGAAACUCCCUCCAAUGUCCUACUGGGAGUUCACGACUGUGAAGCAGAUGUCAAUCUUAUGUUUUUUUUGCACACGCAUACCUCUGCAGACAAUGGGCAGGUCCCCAUAUAUACCACACGCUCCACAUGAUUUUAUUUCUACAAAUCCCGUAUAUGAAUGAUGUUUAUAGAGAUUUUAAGGCCAUGUCAUGUGGUUCCUCACUCCACAGAAGUUGGUAGAUGCCAGCAUCAUGUUGUGCAUAGAUGAAACCUGGGACCUUUUGUUAUUUAUAAAUGCACUAAUGUGUUGCACAUGGAAGCUCCCAUGUGUAGCUUAAUGGUAUCGUUCACUACUGACAGAACUACCUUUGCCUGUUUUUAAUGCCUGCUGUAUUCAAAUGAGACUUAUAGACAAAAUAUAUUGAAUUAUUAACCAUCAACUGUUUAUUUACUGUAUGGUGAUACAUACUAUAUUAUAUUAUAGACUGAAAAAUUUGA